AUGGCCAGCGCCGCGGUGGAGAAGGUGGCGACCCCCGUCGAGCCCAGCUACGCCACCAGCGGGGCUUGCUGUGCCGCCAACGGCGGGCCAGGGUACGCCUCCCCUCUGGCGGCCAUGGAGGGGCCCCGGGAGGGCCUGCUCUACGUCACCUGUGUUUACAAUGGUAUCGUCACACGCAGAUGAUCAUCUCUACAUGGAACUCCCUCGUUAACUUCGAGUAUCCGUUUGUCUGUCUAAUCUUUGAUCGAGAAUCGGAUUCCCGUCUGCUCUUGCACAUUCCCCACCGGGAGGGAGUGGGAGAGAGGAACCCCAAGAGAAACUGACCAUGAUGUGUUUCCUGUUGAACGAUCGCCCCGAUUUCCUCUCGCUCUUUCUCUCCUGUGCUUAAUCAUGUAGUUUUCCUCUGGGGAAUCCUAGUUGCGACACCGGAAAUGUGGGAACAGACGGCGAACGACCCUACGCUCGUCCAAUUUUGGAUCUAUCCUGGGGCACUCUCUUCCAUGAGAUUCCAAUAGUCAACUCAGGUUUCAUUUAUUUCUGAUUUUUUAGCCUCAGGAUUUCACUUGACUGGUGAUAAAGCUCUGCAUCGAUCCGUCACCGAGAAACCUUAAGCUCCUUACAGUUCAGAAAUAUUAUGCCCCUCUCUCUCUCUCUCUGUCUCUUGAUGAUUCAUGGCGCAUUUCGUAUCUUCUGGAAUUAGUUUCGGGAUACCCAAUUCUCCAAUCAUCUGUAUGCAAGAGAAAAAUAACUGAAUUCAUUGUUUUUUUCGUUUUUCAAAAACGUGCCUGAGAUUUACCCCGAAUUUAGAGCUACUCAAACUGUCUACAAUGGAAAUUUUCUGUGCUCUGUGGUCCAAUUCUCAUGCAGCAAAUGACAACGUCUCUCUCUCUCUCCCCUCCCCUGUUUCAUAGUUCUGCUCGUUAUUCUUUCCCACAGUUCUACAUUUAUUCAUUUUCUCAGUACAUCUCCAUAAUUUUCUACAAAUAAUCAUCAUUUCUCUUAUACAUCAUCCUAAAAUUAGUGAAAGAACUUUAAGUUUAUUUGUCAUUGCUUCAUUCUGUCGAGGUUCUUUCUCUCCCUCUCCCCUCCAUUCGUUGAUCCAACAGUCACCAUACCUCCUCUGCCACUGCAGUUCCAAUCCAAAUAGCUGCUUAGGGAAAGGUUGACUUGACUCCCUCCCACUCACGCUCAUCUUUCUCUGGUGCAAGGAUCUGGGAGAGGGAAGCCUGACUACCUGGCGACUGUCGACGUGGACCCCACCUCACCUACCUACUCGACAGUCAUUCACAGGCUUCCUGUCCCUUAUGUGGGUGACGAGCUGCAUCACUCUGGCUGGAACGCCUGCAGCUCCUGCCAUGGCGAUCCUUCAGUGGCCAGAAAAUUCCUCAUCCUCCCUUCCUUGCUGUAAGCUAGCCUAUUCUUUGCUGCUUCCACUUGCUGCAAGUUAUUUUCUUUUCAAUCUUAAACGGAAAUUAUUUAUUAGUUUCCUUUACAUCAGAGCAAGAAAUACUCACAUUUUAUUCGAGGUAGAAGUUGUUGAACUACAGAUCCUGACUUUGAGUUAGGUGGAGAUAUAACGAUGAUUGUUCUUGGGUUAUUUCAGGUCGAGCAGGAUCUAUGUGAUCAACACGGCGGACGACCCGAGAGCUCCAUCCCUGCACAAGGUCGUCCAGCCUGAGGAGAUCGAGGAGAAAACUGGAUUGGCUUUUCCUCACACCUCCCACUGCCUCGCAUCAAGUGAUAUUCUGAUAUCCUGCCUCGGGGACAAGGAUGGGAAUGCCAAGGGGAGCGGGUUCCUCCUCCUGGAUUCAGAUUUCAAAGUCAAAGGAAGGUAGAUCUUAUUCAUAACCGCAUAUUUAUAUCUGUAAUAAUCAAGUGGGACUAUCUAUGUUUUUUUUUUAAAAUUUUUUACUUGGAAAAGCAUCAUGAUAAUCUGAGCACUCUGUGAGCAUGAGAUUUUGUGAUCAUUGACUUCUUUGAUUGUCUUUAGCAGAAGAAGAUAUUGAAAAUUUGAAAUUUCUGUCCGAUCUGAGAAUUUCUUUUGAUGCCAGAUGGGAAAAGCCAGGCCACAGCCCACUGUUUGGGUAUGACUUCUGGUAUCAACCCAGACACCAGACAAUGAUCAGCUCCUCAUGGGGGGCCCCUGAAGCUUUCUCAAAGGGAUUUGACCUCCAGCACGUUGCCGAUGGUCUGUACGGGAGACACUUGAGUGUGUAUAGCUGGCCCGGCGGGGAACUGAAGCAGACUCUUGACCUUGGGGCCUCGGGGCUCCUGCCCUUGGAAGUCAGCGCCCCUGAACUAGUCCAAAUUUGCGAAUAAUCCUUCAAAAUUCAUGCAACACUGCUCCCCACUGAUGUCACCUUUGACUUUUGUUGACAGACCCGAUUCCUCCAUGACCCGGCCAAGGACACUGGUUUCGUCGGCUCUGCUCUGAGCAGCAACAUGAUCAGAUUCUUCAAGACUUCUGAUGGGUCAUGGAGUCACGAGGUAUCUUAUACCAAUCUCCCCUGUUUUUUCUCUAGUUUCAUGUCUUUCUCUCCUGCUCUAUAUGGAUUAAGAAUAGUCCCAUAUUGAUUAUAUAAAUUGAACCUGUGAUGCUGUAGCAUCCUUCCAGUGGUUAUAAUGAGCAGCUAUCCAUAUUAUCUUAUUACAACGGUUACAGAGUUGUUUUAACGCCAGACUGCAAUCUGAUGAGACAUCAAUUGAAUAACCCAGAAUAAUUCAGAGCUAUUAGCACUGUGAUGAAGGCAUUAUUACACAACCAGAUUAGCCUUAAACCUAUUCUGAGUUGGGAAAUUAAAUUAUUUACCAUUUAUUGGGAACAAUACGUUGAUCCCAGUUUUGAUAACCCAUAAUUAGACGUAUUUUUAUGUCGGAGAAAUUGAAUUAUGUGCCAUUUCAUCAGAAAUGGUACCUUCACUACAGUUUUAGUGGCUCUUAUAUAAUACUGAGGGCCAUUUAAAACUAUGGUGAAGGUAUUAUUCACAAUGGGAGUAGCCUUAAACUUACUUUGAGCUGGGCAAUUAAAUUACUUACCUUUCCUUGGCAAUAAAACUUUGAAUGAUGUUUUAUUUUCUCUUAAUUAUUACUUAGAAGCCAUUAAAAACUGAGGUCUAGGUUUUAUUUAGCCUUAAGCUUAUUUUGAGCUGGGCAAUUUAAUUCUUUACUACUCAUUUAAAUAAGGUUCAUUAAAACUAUGAUCAAGGCCUUAUUCCCGAACAAAUUAGGCUUGAAGUUAGUUUUGAUCCGGUGAUUAAAUUAAUUCUAUUCAUCGGAAAGAAAAGUUUGACUGCAGAUUUAAUGGGCCUUAAUUACCUAUUAUGAGGUGGUCAAGUUAUUUUCCCCGAAUCAGAUUAACCUCAGAACAUAUUUUGAUCCGGGGAAGAAAUUAUUUUCCAUUCACCGGGGAGUCAUACUUUAACCACAGUUUCAGUGGCUCUUAACUAUCCUUUGAAACUUUGUUUCAGCCAGGCGGAGAAAUUAUUGACCAUAUUUGGCAUUGCCAUUGGCAGGUAGUGAUAUCGGUGAAACCGCUGAAGGUGAAGAACUGGAUUCUGCCGGAGAUGCCAGGGCUGAUAACGGACUUCCUCAUCUCCCUGGACGACCGCUUCCUCUACUUUGUGAACUGGCUCCACGGGGACAUCCGGCAGUACAAUAUCGAGGACCCCUCCAAGCCCGUGUUGACCGGCCAGGUCUGGGUCGGUGGGCUGAUCAGGAAGGGUGCUGACGUGUCAGCCGUGGAUGAAGAGGGCAAAGAGACCCAGUUUGAGGUCCCAGAAGUCAAGGUUAGUAUGACCAGAUAUGGAUCAGAUUAGAUCAGCUGAAUCAAACGAGACUAAAUAAAGUAACCCGAUCUUUGAAAUUACAGAAGGUUUGACUAUUCUGUUUGUGGAAAUCGCAGGGGAAUCGGUUGCGGGGGGGACCACAGAUGAUCCAGCUGAGCUUGGACGGGAAGCGGCUAUAUGUGACGAACUCCCUCUUCAGUGUGUGGGAUCGGCAGUUCUACCCGGAGCUCGUCCAGGAAGGGGCCCACAUGCUGCAGCUAGACGUGAACACUGAGGAGGGUGGGCUGGCGGUCAACCCCGACUUCUUUGUUGACUUUGGCUUGGAGCCUGAGGGCCCCUCACUCGCCCAUGAGAUGAGGUACCCGGGAGGCGACUGCACCUCCGACAUAUGGAUAUGA